CACACCCCUCCUUCUGCCAGACUCCCAGGCCAAGCAGCGUCACCAUACGGAACAUCCUGCCCUCAACGGAGAGGGGGAGGAGAGAGAGAGAGCCUGAGUGUGUGCACACAGAGAGAGGGGUAGAGAGAGCCUGUCUGUGUAUUAAGAGAGAGAAAGAGACGAGGUCUGGCAUCUCCCGGUAGUAAAUCUAUCAGGUCUCGAGCACAAAAACUCAGAGAGACAGACAGAGAAGAGGGAGAAGAGGCCUCGAAGAAAUCUCAUUGCUUAAGCCUACUGGUUACCUGGAGCAGCAGCAGCAACAGCAGCGCGUGAAGCCUUGGAUUAAAAAACCCGACUAGAAAGACGAAUGGUCGCGCGGACUGGCUGCGCGCUCUGACGUUGGACAGACUGAGACUACCGAGACACCGACAGCAAGCAGCAGUAGCUUUUGUUCCCCCCACCUCCCCGACCCGUGAAGGCAGCGGCGGCACCGGGAGGCUGUGCCCGCGCACCCCAAUUAUGAAGCUGCCUUGGCUAUUGGCGCUCACAGCGCUGCUUGCUCACACCGCCACGGGACAGACGUGGUCGCCGUCUAUCGAUGACGAAGGCUCGACGAGAGACGAGUUCUACGACGAUGAGGACCUUUACUCGGGCUCCGGCUCUGGCUUUCCUGAGAUCAGUAUGAGUCCGACAUCUGCGGGUGUGUCCUUCACCACAGAAGAGCCCCCCCUCCUCUCCACCACCCAGGCCACUGGCCCCGCCCCCUCCGCCUCACCUGCAGUUGAGCCGAGCUCCAACCCGGAGGACCCCACUGCCACCCCGCUGCCCACCGAGGCCGAUGGAGAAAGCGGUGUGUUCUGGGAGAGAGAGCUUGAGAAGGAGAAAGAGUUAGAGAGGGAAAGAGAGAAGGAGCAAGAGAGGCUGAGGGAACUGGAGAAGGAGAGAGAAAGGGAGAAACAGUUGGAGAGGGAAAGAGAGAGGGAAAGAGAGAGGGAGCGGGUCCGAGAGAUGGAGAGAGAGAGGGAAAAGGAGAGAGAGCGCGAGAGAGACAGGGAACGUGAGAGAGAGCGAGAGAAAGAGAGAGAGAGGCAGAGAGCGCGUGAGCUUGAAAGAGAGAGAGAGCUUGAGCGGAUCAAGGCCACCUCCCAGACCACCGCCGCCCCACGAUCCCCUGCUGCCAUCCCCGUGGUGACCACCAACCCGGCAACCAGUCCUGCAGAAAGUGCAGUGCCCUCUGCCGGUUGGGAUGACCUGAGCACCACAGAAGAGGAAGAGGACGUCUACCUGUCACCUGAACCCUCAGCGUUUUUCCCAGGCUUCGACAUGGAAACCACCACAGAGGAAGACACAUCCACCACAACAGAGACUAACCCUGAACCCACGACAGCUGCACCCACCACCACCGCCGCCGCCACUGUCAAAACCAGGGUCCCCUUCAGGCCCAGAGUUCCCAUGACGACAGCUACUCCGGCGGUGCCAACAGAGAGAACGAUCCGUCCACAGCAGCCCACAUCUACACAGGAGGGUAACAAUGAAGCGGGUGCUGCAGGACCGAGUGGAGAUUUCGAAAUUCGUGAUGAUCGGCGUAAUGAUCUUGGUCGAGGUAUAAUGCCAGUGGAUCCUGAUCUGAUUGGUAACACAGUGGAUGGAGGAAGCUCUGCCGCCCAGCUGCCACAGAAGAACAUCCUGGAGAGAAAAGAGGUCUUGAUAGCUGUUCUGAUUGGUGGACUGCUGGCGGUGGUUUUCGCUGAUUUCCUGGUCAUCGCAGUGAUAGUGGGAGGAGUAGUGGGUGCCUUGUUUGCUGCCUUCCUGGUGAUGUUGCUGGUGUACAGGAUGAAGAAGAAGGACGAGGGCAGCUACACACUAGAGGAACCCAAACAAGCCACCGUCACCUACCAGAAACCAGACAAGCAGGAGGAGUUUUACGCAUAACACUCGAAUGCCAGAGAGACACACCUCACACAGGGGGAGAGAGAGAGAGUGAGACAGAGAAGAGAGAAAAAUACUCUAAGCCCCUGUCCUCCUCCUCCUCCUCCUCCUGCUCUUCUUCGUUGCCUCCCCCUCAUCUGCUCGCCUCUCCUUAUCCCUCUCUCCUCUUGUCUCUGAAACACUUGAGAGCGCCUCUCUCUCUACAGACUUGGAACUUUCUUUUCAAUGAAAACGAAAAAAAGAGGACAAAAAAAGACAAAAAAAAAAUCCAAAUAUAUUCUGAAAAAAUAACACAUACACACAAGAUGUUUUUAAAGUAAAUGUUGUUAUUAAUAUUCUACAGAUUAUCUUGUUCUGUAUGUAAUGAUAUGAUUAUUUUGUAAGAAAACAAAACAAAACACAAGCUCUUAACCUGUGUUUUCCAGCACAAAAAAAGUUCUUCCUCUGUUUUUAUGGAGCGAAUGAAAAGGCUAAAAAGAAAGAGAAGAGGGGCGAGGCGAGCUGAGCGAGACACAAAAGAAAAGGAAAGAGAUGGGCUCGACUCUGCCCCUCACCCCCCCGGUAAACACACAGAGCGUCUGGUUGGCCACACAGAGCCCAGGGUCAAAGGUGAGAGGAAAGGUCUCUUUGGUGCCUUCCAUCACUCUGGUGCGCAACGACACAUACGCACAUUCAUACAGCCACAUAAACAAAUGCUUACAUACAUGCACAUGCAUACAUGCACACUCACUUGUAUCUGCUUUAAGGUGGCUCUGACCUCUCUUUCUGUGCUCGGCCAACCAGAAAACAGUGCUCAAUCCUCUGUGUGUUUCACAACGUUGAGGAGCCGCUGUGGAAACAUUAGCUGGUCGCAUAGAGGUUUGCUCACGCAUCCAAUCUGCUCCUCUAAGCUGUACAAAGACUAGUUACAAAUAGUAAUAAUAACCAAUAAUAUAUCAAUGUUUUGGGCUGGAUGGUGAA